AUGAUCCAACAAGUCUAUCCAAAUCCCAUUUCGACAAGACGAAGGAUACCAAAUUCCAGUGGCGAGGGUGAAUGGCUACAUCAAAUGAAAGACACAUUUCUCAAUUCGACAGAAGAUCUAAAUGUCUUUAUCGUCGAUUGGCAAGGUGGAUCAGUUCUUAUUUAUCCCAAGGCAGUAGCCAACACUAAUGUGGUGGGUGCUGAAAUCGACGCCUUUGUACGCUUCUUAGAUUCUGCGGUAGGAUACACGGGAGACAUGGUUCAUUUAAUUGGCCAUAGUCUUGGGGCACAUGUCUGUGGCCAUGCUGGGGAGAGAAUGGAACGUCUCGGUAGGAUUAGUGGCACCGACCCAGCUGGUCCAAGUUACAAGGAUGAAGAAUCAGAGUGUAGAUUAGACCCGAAUGAUGCAAAAUUCAUUGAUGUUAUACAUGUUGACGGUGAUGGAGCUGGCAUUUUUGACGCGAUGAUUGUGAUCAUGGGCGUGGGCCUGAAUAUUACAUUGCGUCUAUUACUGAUUGCCUGUUCGAAGCAUACCCGUGCGAUGACAUCGAAAACUGGGAGAGUUGCACAACAUGCAAUUCUGGAUGCAGUAUAA